UCCCGACGCUCGAGCCUCCUUCAUCCUCGUGCUGUGUGGAGCGACAUACCGCGUGUCCAGCUCUUCACGCGCUGCCUACAAACGCCUUCUUACACAGACAGUGACCGGGCAGUGUGGAAGACACGGACCUGUGGGACCCUUAACUCAGAUGAAGCUUCAAGCAGGACUUUGAAAAACAGGGUUUGUGCACCUGGUUACCAAUGGUAACAGUCAGCAUCUUACCUGAAAAAGAUGCCUUUCUUGGGAAAGUCUGGAAACGCUCGGAUGUGUCUCUGAACCAGCUGAAGCUUUGAUUCUGGUGCUGCCAUACUGACUGACUGAAUCACCUGACCGCCUCUUGCUGCGGUUCCUCCUGUUUAUUAUAGCCCACCCUCGUUUUUCUUCCUCUGGGCAUCCACGCUUACUGACCCGAGAGAGGCCAGCGCUGGGAGUUGUAGGAAGUGAAGUCCUGUCUCACUAUGUUGUCUUCCUCCCAAGGGAAGCUGCUGCAGAAUGGAGAGAACAAGAAAGUGAUCUGCAUUGAGGGGAACAUCGCCAGCGGAAAGACGACAUGUCUGUCGUAUUUCAGUGAAACGAGCAACAUAGAGGUCCUUACAGAACCGGUCUCUAAAUGGAGGAAUGUCCGUGGACACAACCCUCUGGCUCUGAUGUACCAGGAUCCUGAGCGCUGGGGCAUCACGCUGCAGACCUAUGUUCAACUCACCAUGCUGGAUAGACACCUGUCACCCAUAUCAGCUCCUGUCAGGAUGAUGGAGAGGUCCAUCUUCAGUGCCAAGUACAUCUUUGUGGAGAAUCUCUUCAAAAGUGGGAAAAUGCCAGAGGUGGACUACGCUGUCCUCAGCGAGUGGUUUGAUUGGAUCACAACAAACAUUUCCGUUCCUGUUGAUCUGAUUGUCUACCUGCAGACGUCUCCUCAGACCUGCCAUGACAGGUUAAAGAAAAGAUGCAGAGAUGAGGAGAAAGUCAUUCCAUUGGAGUAUCUGGAGUCCAUCCACCAGCUGUAUGAGGACUGGCUCAUCAAGCGUACCUCCUCCCCUCUUCCUGCUCCUGUUCUGGUGAUUCCUGCAGACCAUGACCUCCAGAAGAUGCUGCACCAGUAUGAAGAAAACCGCGACAAGAUUCUAGCAGCUAGCUACCUCUGAUACACAAACACAGUCAAACACAUCCCUGCAUGGUGACUGGAGAUCGAAUAAUGCUGUUCACAGCCAUUGUUACACAGCUCAUCUGUUAAAUUUCCACAACCAACUAGAUGUCCGAGAUUCUGAUUUCAAUUUUUAGCAAUUUUUCAACUCAUCUCUCUACAUGGGAUAACUGUCCUGACCACAAAUGUAGAUUAAAGGUAUUCAAACCUACAGGGUGAAGAAGCUCCAGAAACACAUUUGCCACUUAUUAUCAGCUUUUCAUUGAAUUAAAGGAAUUUCCAAAUGUCUCUCCACAGACACAGUCAUUGAGACUGUGAUGUUUAGCUGAUUUAUUCUACCAUGUGCGUAGCUUCUUGUUAGUCUGCUUUUUUUAUCACCAUGUAGUGUAAUGCACUGGAAGUUUAUCCCCAGAACUUAGAUUUUGCUGUCACCCAGGUGUAAUGUGUUUGGAUUUAAAACCUCAAUGAGCCAGAUCACAGGAUGUGGUCAAGUCAGAUUAUCUGCUACAGAAAAAAAACCACAUGUAUACUGUAAAGUGAUUAAUUGAUUUUGGGACCUGAUUGAGACUGUGUUGUGUUCAAAUGUUUGUAAUUCCUUUAAUGAAGCAACCUUUGCUCUUUGUUUUACACAUUUUGCUAUAUUAGAAAGUAAAUUAAAAAAUAAUAAUAAAUAAUCAUAAUUAA